AUAUACCAGUCGUAAUCUGAAUCCGGCAUUAAAGAUUUGAAUAAGGCAUAGACAUCUAUAAAUUUACAUGUCUAUGGAAUAAGGUCGCUAUUGGUCGCCAUAGCGUGUAAUGCAACAUGGUUUUUGAAAAAUAUAUAUACACUGGAUAUUUUUUGAACCUCUGCUGUUGAGUGACAUGUAGCGUGAUGUGACAGUAGAGAUUCCGUGAGAGAAAAUGUGGAUAAUCGCAGACAGAUUCGCGAGAUCGCAAAAUAUAGUCGCUUCGUUCGUAAAAAGGUGACCAUCGAUUAUACAUUUUUUCGAUCGUUCGACGUAUAUCGUAAUUAUGGAGAUAAUAACUGCUAAAGAUACCAGCGAAGCACACGCUUCUCUGUCCACAAAGCAUUGCGAUAACUCCAUACUAGUUUCGUGCAAUUGGCAGAUUGCUAAUAAUAAGCAAUUCAAUGAUGUUAUCACCACCACAUCCUUACAGCAUGCACCUGCAAAAAUAAACUGUGAAGAUGUAGCUUUUCUGGAUACCUGUAUUGCUCUGCAAUCGUCAAACUUUGAACCAUGUAUGCUGGACAUCAAAGUAACAAACUGCCAGAAAAUAGCACGCAUUGCUAUUGUUUCUGAGGGCAAUGUUCUAGAAAUCUUCAAACAAUAUGGAGAGUAUGAAACAACGAUACUCGCCGAGUUUGUAGAUGAGUAUGAAGAAAAUAUUGUUUUUCUUGGAGAAACAACGAUACAACCUCCUACAACAGAAGCUGGUAUUAAGUUUACCAGAACAAAAAAUAAAAGCUCUAGCAUGUGGAUAUAUGGUAUAAAAUUGUUUUUGAUAGACUCUAUAAAAGAGGCGAAACCCAAUGCCUUUAAUCCUGAUAUUAUUCAGACUUUUCUUAGUAAUUGCAACGGCAAAGUGAGUCAGGGGGCUGAAAUGGCAAUGAAACUACUUGGCUAUUAUGAUAAACAAGAAACUGUGAAUAAGACACAGCCUUGUCAGAAAAAUUUGGGAAAUCUUGCUUCAAAUUCUGAGUAUUCUGAAUGUAAAAAUGGAAUUAGAAGAGACAAAAACUGUUUAAACUGUGAGGAUAGUUACGAAAAGUCAAAUUCUGUCAAAUGUCAAAGUGAAAUUGAAAAGAGAGACAAUGAAAACGAAUGUUCAAAUUGUGAAGAAGAUUUUAAGAAAUCAGAUAUGGAUAUUGCAACUUGCAUGAAUAGUAAAAUGGAGUCUAUAAAAGAGGCAAAAUCAGGUACUUUUGAUUAUAAAGACUUUAUUCAGACUUUUCUCAGUAACAGCAAUGGCAAUAUGAAUCAGGAAGCUGAAAUAGCAAUAAGAAUGCUUGGAUAUUAUAAUAAACAAAAGAUUGUGAAUAAUGAUGAGGAAAAUCUGAAAACUCUUGCUUCGAACUCAGAGUAUCUUGGAUAUAAAAGUAUGAAUGGAAGAGCAGAUAGUGAAAAAGAAUGUUCAAUUAAUAGAAGUGAGCAUGGAAAGCUAAAUUCUUUCGAAAGCAAAAAUGUAAGACAAGUCAGUAAAAAAGACUAUUCAAACUGUGGUGAAGAUAGUAAAAAAUCUGACAUAGAUAUUAUAACCUAUAUCGAUAAUAAAUUCUAUGAUAUGGAGAAUAAAUUGAUGGAAAGAAUAGACGAGAUGGAAGUUAGUACUAAUCAGAAAUUGAAUGCCAUUUUAGAAAGACUUGAAGCAUUCAAAUUAAAGUAAAUGUUUUCUGUUAAAAUUAAUUUUUGAUAUUUAAUAAAACAGAAAACACAUACAAAGUAGAAUAGGAGAGAAUAGGAGAGUAAUAUAUUUAAUAAUUAUUUAAUAAGAUUUAUAAAAACAUGAAAUAAAUAAUAUAUUCAUUAUCAAUUUGUCCUUUAAUUUAUCUAAGUAAAAGACAUCUGAACUAUUUUAACAAAAUAUGAAAUUCGUUUUUUUGUGAGAUUUUUUUAUUAGAUAAGGAUAAUUUUAUAUAUCAUGUAUAUUAUUAUACUGUCUCCAUAUCUUGUAUCAAAACCGUAUAUAAAACAUUGCACAAUUUUUAGUUGGCAAA